AAAAAAGAAGGCCUCAUUAUCAUUAUAAGAGUUAAUGAUUAUUAUUUUAAAUUAAAACAUGCUAGAGAUCAUCCAUGAUAGCAGAAUUUUCUAAUUCAAUCUAGUGAAUUUUCAUUUUUUUCUUUUUCCUCCCUUAGGAUACAUACUUCUAAAUUAGUAGAAGGUAGUGAGCCUAGCUGAACCUCAGCCCUCUCUCCACCGGUUUAGCAAGAAAAUUCCGCGAGAGCACCAGAAACCAACUCAUACUAAUAAAGCGUUAAAUAUAGAAUUCGAGGGAACUCUCCGUUUGGAAGAACCAGCGAACGUUUGUAACGGCAAAGGAACUGAGCUCCCCAUUUCAAAAAAAUUGAAGAGCUAAAUCCCAGAAGAGGAGGAAAGCAAAACAGAGUCAUCGUCGGAAACUCACCUCCCAGAUCUCGUCGGCGAUCAUGGCCUCCGACCACCCCUCCGAGAACGGUGCCGACGAGAGAGAAGAAGAUGGCGACGAGGAGGAGGAGGAGGAGGAGGAGCCGAGGCUCAAGUACCAGAGAUUCGGAGGGAACGUGCCGUCUCUCCUAUCGACGGAUGCCGCGUCCUCCAUCGCCAUCGCGGAGCGGAUGGUCGCGCUCGGAACCCAUGAUGGCACCGUCCAUAUACUUGAUUUCCAGGGCAAUCAGGUUAAAGAAUUUGCUGCUCAUACUGCUACUGUCAAUGACCUUUGCUUUGAUGUAGAAGGUGAAUAUAUUGGCAGCUGCUCAGAUGAUGGAUCUGUGGUUAUAAAUGGUCUUUUUAGUGAGGAAAGAUUAAGGUUUGAGUAUCAUCGUCCUAUGAAAACCAUAACACUAGACCCUGAUUAUUCAAGAAAAUCCUCAAGAAGAUUUGUUGCUGGUGGUUUAGCUGGUCAACUUUUUUUAAAUACAAAGAACUGGCUGGGCUACAACAAACAGGUUCUACAUGAUGGUGAAGGUUCAAUACAUGCUGCAAAGUGGAGGACAAGUCUUAUUGCUUGGGCUAAUGAUGCAGGGGUGAAGGUUUAUGACAUGGCAAACAAUCAAUGCAUCACAUUUAUUGAGAGGGCACGAGGAAGCCCACGCCCUGAGCUUUUACUUCCUCACUUAGUUUGGCAGGAUGACACUAUCUUGGUAAUUGGCUGGGGAACAUCUGUAAUGGUUGCAGCUAUUAGAACCAAUCUGCCUCAUCGAACCAAUGGAGUACAAAAGAAUAUGUCGGUAUCAAAUACAAAGUACGUGGAUAUUGUGGCAUCUUUUCAGACUAACUACCAUAUAUCUGGUAUCGCUCCCUAUGGUGAUGCUUUAGUUAUACUGGCCUACAUUCUUGAGGAGGAGAAUGGAGAGAAAGAUUUUAAUAGCACUAUUCCAUCAUGCCCGAAAACUUUAAUGCAGGGAACUGCACAGAGACCAGAAGUACGUAUUGUCACAUGGAAAAAUGAAGAACUUGCAACAGAUGCUCUACCUGUGCAUGGCUAUGAGCAUUAUAAGGCAAAGGAUUAUGUCCUUGUGCAUGCCCCUUUUACAGGAAGCAGCUAUGCAGGUGGCCAGUGGGCUGCUGGUGAUGAACCUUUGUAUUAUAUCGUAUCUCCCAAGGAUGUUGUGGUUGCAAGGCCGAGAGAUGCUGAAGAUCAUGUAUCUUGGCUUCUUCAACAUGGUUGGCAUGAAAAAGCAUUAGCAGCAGUUGAAGCAGGACAAGGACAGACUGGGCUUCUUGAUGAGGUGGGAUCGAGAUACCUUGAUCAUUUAAUUGUUGAAAGAAAAUAUGCGGAAGCUGCUUCUUUGUGUCCUAAGUUACUCCGUGGAUCCGCAUCUGCUUGGGAGAGAUGGGUUUUCCACUUUGCUCAUCUCCGCCAGCUGCCUGUUUUGGUUCCUUACAUGCCUACAGAAAAUCCACGGCUGCGUGAUACUGUUUAUGAGGUUGCUCUUGUUGCUUUAGCUACUCAUCCAUCUUUUCACCAGCUUCUCUUGUCAACUGUUAAAUCAUGGCCAGCUACAUUAUAUUCGACGUCAACUGUCAUCUCUGCUAUCAAACCUCAGCUUAAUACCUCCUCCAUGACUGAUUCCCUAAAAGAGGCGUUAGCUGAACUGUACAUAAUGGGCACUCAGUAUGAGAAGGCUUUUUCAUUAUAUGCUGAUCUGAUGAAGCCUGAGAUAUUUGACUUUGUCGAAAAACAUAGCUUGCACGAUGCCAUUCAAGAUAAGGUAGUCCAGCUAAUGAUGCUGGACAGUAAAAGAGCUGUGUCUCUAUUGGUCCAAUACCGUGAUAUGGUAUCCCCUUCUGAAGUUGUUGGACAACUGUUGCAUGCCAGGCAAAAAUGUGAUAAUAGAUUUUUCUUGCAUUUAUACCUGCAUUCGCUGUUUGACAUUGACUCAAAAGUGGGGAAGGAAUUUCAUGAUUUGCAGGUAGAGCUUUAUGCUGACUAUGAGCCACGGAUGCUGCUCCCAUUUCUUCAUAGCAGUCAUCAUUAUAAGCUAGAGAAGGCAUAUGAAAUUUGUGUUAAAAAGGAUCUUCUAAGAGAGCAGGCUUUCAUCCUUGCAAGGAUGGGAAAUGCCAAAAGAGCACUCGCAGUCUACAUAAAUAAGCUGGAAGACAUAGCGGAGGCUGUGGAUUUCGUAAGUACACAGCAUGAUGAUGAUCUAUGGGAGGAGUUGAUCAAGCAAUGUCUCCAGAAGCCUGAGAUGGUUGGGAUAUUGUUGGAGCACACUGUUGGUAAUCUUGAUCCUCUCUAUAUUGUCAGUAUGGUGCCCGGUGGAUUCGAGAUACCACGGCUAAGAGAUCGCCUUGUCAAAAUCAUCACUGACUAUCGAACAGAAACCUCUCUUAGACAUGGAUGUAAUGUUAUCCUCAAGGCUGACUGCGUCAACCUUUUGAUCAAGUAUUACAAGGAGGCACGUCAUGCCAUCUACUUGGGCAGUAUGGAAGAAGAAACACGUGGGAAGAGAGUAAAUGUGGCUUCUGCUCCAAUAAUUGAGAGAGCAACAAAUACAAGAGUGAUGGUAGUAAAAUCCAGAACAAGGGGCAAUGGGAGGUGUUGCUUGUGCUUUGAUCCUUUCUCCAUUCAAAAUGUCAAUGUUGUUGUAUUCUUUUGUUGCCAUGCAUAUCAUGUCCCCUGUCUCCAGGAUGGCUCAGACUCUGUGGGCAUUGUAUCUCAGAGUGAUGAUGACAAUGAUGAUGAUGGUGGGUCUCGGAUGCGUUGUGUGUUGUGCACCACAGCUAGUGGGUGAAUAUUUGAGUGAAUAUUUGAGUGGUAUGCGGAUGUGUUUAUAAGUGAGCUUUUAUGUUUUUGUUUUUUUGCCAAUUCUUGUAUCUCAAUAUUAGUUUAUAAAAAAUCUUAGUUCAUUAGUUUUCCAA